AUGGUAAAACCUGCAAACCCUCUCUACACGGGGUGGAUUCUUGAAGCAAUACAAAAAAUUAAAAGGCAAAAGCAGAGGCCAUCAGAGGAAAGAAUUUGUCAUGCAGUGGCCACAUCACAUGGACUGGACAAGAAAACCGUCCUUGAACAGUUGGAAUUAAGUGUUCGUGAUGGGUCUAUCCUCAAGGUUACAAAUAAGGGAAGCACCUCCUACAAGGACCCAGGAAAUCCUGGAAGACUUGGAUCAAUCUUGCCUGUAAAUGCCCCUGUACCAUCAAAGGAAUCUACGUGGAAAUCAAGUGAUCUACGCCAUAUUGAUUGGAAUAAAAUACUCAACAGGGCUAUCGAAGGCCUGGAUGAUAUCCAUGGCUCCUCUCUAAAAAACAUUGAGAGAUAUUUGAGGAAUCAGGAUGACCUCUCAAGCAUCGUUGAUAACCCUGCUUUCCGGCAGAGAUUGCGGCUGGCGGCUAAGCGGUCAGUUAACAACGGCAGGUUGUUUAAAAAUGGCCCAAGGUAUAAACUCAGCCAUUGCAGUGUGGAGGGACGGAGCACCAGGUGUCCAAGUGCAUCCCCCUUGCUCCUGUCAUCAGUGACGCUCCUUCCCCAUGAGCGAGACCAGCUCCGGGUCGACCCCAUCCCAAUAUGCAGUUUCUGUCUUGGAACGAAGGAGUCAAACCGGGACAAGCGUCCAGAAGAGCUGCUGUCCUGUGCAGACUGUGGGAGCAGUGGGCAUCCAUCAUGUCUGAAAUUUUCUCCCGAUUUAACCUCAAAUGUGAAGAGAUUGCGGUGGCAGUGUAUUGAAUGCAAAACUUGCAGCUCCUGUCGAAUACAGGGAAAAAAUGCAGAUGAGAUGCUUUUCUGCGAUUCAUGCGAUCGGGGCUUUCACAUGGAAUGCUGCGAUCCGCCACUUUCAAGAAUGCCAAAAGGAACCUGGAUCUGCCAAGUCUGCAGGCCAAAGGAGAAUGGGAAGAAACUGCUGCACAAGAAGGCCGAUCAGAUCAAACGUCGAUAUGCAAAGCCAAUCGGAAGGCCCAGAAAUAAGCUCAAACAAAGAAUGUGUGUAACCAGUGGUGAUGGCUCCAUGGUAGCACUUGGAGGAAGGGGGUCACCUGGUAGGGGUCAAAAGAUUACCGUCUGUUCCACACCUUCAUCUGGUCAUGCUGCAUCUGUGAAGGACGCCAGAGACAGAAUGGCUGUCGCAGAACCUUGUUGUGCGGUCAACGCCACUCAAAUCACCACUCCCCUUCCCACCACCACUCCCUCCCUCACGCCCACCUCCACCCCAGCCACACUCACUCACAAGAAACCCAAAGGGCUUAUUGAUGGGCUAUCCAAAUUCUUUACUCCUUCCCCUGUGGGACGUCGCUCGCGAGCCGUAGGCGUAGAGUUGCCCGUCAGACAGUUCAGCUCUAUAGACAAGUGUCCUCCCCAACUGUCCAAGCCACCAGAGCCGUUUGCCUUUGCUGCUGAUGCCUCUCAAAAGAUAACCGCAUCAUCCUCUGCACUUCCUACCACUUCUACAUUGCCAGGAUUUAGCCCCCCCUCGCAGGUGUCCAGCAGCUCCACUUCUGCUAACUCACCCCAGAGCUCUUCCAGCCAGUCUAGUGUUCCUUCCCUGAGUAGUCUCUGCAGCAGCAGCCAACUUAAGGGACUUUUUGACGGACUCUCUCACAUUUUUACUACUCAGGGACAAUCGCGGAAAAAGAGACCACCAUCCUACGCACCACCUAAGCGUAUACCCCAUAAGCAGGAUUUGUCCAAAACGGGGCCACAGUGCCUUGGAAAAAACGAGUUAAAUAAAAAUAGGUUACACUCCACAUCUGUCGGGCUUGGCCGACCCAGAGGACACCCGUUUAAGAUGGUCAGUCAUUUCAAACGUAACCCUUUCCUUAAAAAGCACAGGACACUAGGCAGGCUGAGGUAUAAAGUGAGCCCUCUGAAGGGAGCCCCCUCACCAGGAAAGGGAGACUUGACAGACGGAAGAAUUAAGCCUGAGAAUAAUCAUGGCCACAACGGGGAGCUACAUGUGAAGCAGGAGGCCCUGACAGGGUUCGUGGCCAUGUCCAGAGGCCAUGUUACAGAGGAGGACAUUGAAACGUUUGCACGUGUCCAGGAACUCGCUGCUCAGAAAACGGGAUCUCUGGUGAACACGGAUUCCAAUCGAUGCCCAGCUGUAAUUGAAUUCGGGAAGUAUGAGAUUCAGACCUGGUACUCAUCACCAUACCCACCUGAAUAUUCAAGAUUACAAAAGCUUUAUCUGUGUGAGUUCUGUCUGAAAUACAUGAGAAGCAAAAACAUUCUCCAGAGACACACAAAGAAGUGUGGCUGGUUCCACCCACCAGCCAAUGAAAUCUACAGAAAGAACAACCUUUCCGUAUUUGAGGUUGAUGGAAAUGUCAGCAAACUCUUCUGCCAAAACCUCUGCCUGUUAGCCAAGCUUUUCCUGGAUCACAAGACCUUGUAUUAUGAUGUGGAGCCUUUCCUCUUCUACAUACUUACAAAGAACGACGAGAAAGGCUGUCAUCUUGUGGGCUAUUUCUCCAAGGAAAAGCUUUGCCAGCAGAAGUACAAUGUCUCCUGCAUAAUGAUCAUGCCUCAGUACCAAAGGCAAGGAUUUGGAAGGUUCCUCAUUGAUUUCAGUUACCUUCUCACAAGGCAAGAAGGACAAGCUGGCUCUCCGGAGAAGCCGCUGUCAGAUCUGGGUCGCUUAUCCUACCUGGCAUAUUGGAAAAGUGUCAUAUUGGAACACCUUUAUAAGCACCCAGAUAAACACAUCAGUGUUAAAGGAAUAAGCAGGGCCACUGGGAUGUGUCCACACGACAUCGCCGCUACUCUCCAGCAGCUCGGCAUGAUUGACAGGCACGAUGGCAGGAUUGUGCUAAUCAGAAAAGAGAGAUUGAUUCAGAGGCACAUGGAGAGGCUGAGAGCUCACCCGCGUCAUAAUGAAGUAGACCCGCAUGCUCUGCGCUGGACACCAUCCACAGCUCUGAGCGCCGUCCUGUCUGAGGAGGAGAGGGAGGCAGAGAUGGAUGCCGAGCGGCUGAAGGAGCAGGCCAGUUGCUGGGAGCAGGAGGAGAGAGAGGGCCACAUGAUGACUCAUGGUGGCAGGCAACCUCUCACAAAGGUCCGCUGCAAGAUUCCCUACAGGACCUAUGAGCGCCGCCCUGCACCUCCCUGGACCAGGCGCAUCCAGCAGUUGGAGCCAGUGAGUGAUGAUGAAGCUGAUGAUGAUGAAGACGACGACUCCGAUGGCUCACCACCCAUCCUUACAAAAGCCCAUGCGAUGCUUGCAGCCAAAAGAAAGAGAACCUGUGUUCUCAAGAAGAGAGGGCGUAAGAGAAAGCGAAUAAACAGCAGUGUAACUACAGAGACCAUUUCUGAGACAACGGAGGUGCUGAACGAGCCAUUUGACAACUCAGAGGAUGAACGUCCAAUGCCCCUGCUGGAGCGCACCUCCAGAAUGGGUGAUAUGGAGGAAGAUGAGGAGGAGAUGGAGGAGGCGCGAAAGGCCAAGAUGCAAACUACACCAAUGAAACGCCAGAGAGGUCGCCCAAGACUGGAAAAGAAUGCACAAAAAGACAAUCUUGAGCACUGGGAUGAAGGCGCUGACAUUUUAUCCAAGAGACCCAGCAGACCCCGUCCAGUGAAAAGGAAAAAGGGCUGGCCCAAAGGAGUGAAACGUGGCCCUCCCAAAUGGAGGCUGAAGAAUGAACGAAAGAUGGGUUUUAAGUUGAACCUGUACACUCCCCCCGAAACACCGAUGGAGGCGGAGCAGCACCAUAUUCAGACAGAGGAAGCUAAAUCUGAACCUGAGCAGGAUAUUGGGAGUGCAGACGAAGGCAGCAAAGCAGGCAGGGACUCGGCUAGUCCAGAUGUAAUGCAAGAAGGCCUCUGUGAGCCCUUUAGCCCCAUGGACCGUGGCUCCCAGAAGUCAAGCUCCCCUGAAGGAUCACCGGUGGUUUCUCCGGUGUGCUCACCUGCUGCCUCUGCCGAUGUUGUCUCACCUAGGCCUGUCGACAGAUGCGGCUCCCCAGAACUGUGUGACCAUGCCCAGCAAGAGAGUGGGCAUGAGCGAGGCUCACCAGUGAAGGAUGUGGAGCACAGCACUCAGAGAGCUGUAUCAGUGGAGAAUGACAAUGAGGAAGAUGACGAGGAUGAGCAGAGAACUCAGCCUGAGGAUCAAGGUGCAGAUGAUGAAGACUGUCACACGAAGACGGCAGCAGGACCUGAGAGUAUAGAGUUGUUGGAAAGCAGUUCAAAAGACAUACCAAAAUGCUCCCAAACUUUUUUAGAUCCAAAAGAAGACAAUGGCUCUGAAAUGAGUCAGCAGGUUUCUAAAGUAUUGUGCGAUGAGGAGAUCCCAACCUCUGCUGCACAAAAUACCCAGGAUGAAACAACGGUAACAGAAGCAGCAGCACCACCACCUGAAGGAGCACCAGUCGCUUCGGUAGCAGCCAUAGACUCUGAUAACCCUGCAGACUCUGAGUCAGAGGAAGAAAGCGCCCCCAGUCCCUGUCCGAAUCACCCACCUCUUCCACCCACAGGGAGGUCAACACUCAGCCCUGUGCUAAGAGAGGAUCCCCCAGUCUGUUCAGAGAUUGACUCAGAAACAGCCCAAGCUGUUCAGUCCCUGACGCAGCAAAGUGAGGGAGAUAAUGUUUUCCAGGACUGUGUGGAGAGCCAGGAGCCUUGCAGAAAUCUGCAGACCUUUACCCACGUGGCUCAGAGUCCCCAGCUCACCUCGCUGGACGAUUGCCCCCAGUCAGACCACAGCAGCCCCCUUUCCUCUGCACAGUCUCAUCCAAGCCAGUCGGUACGCUCUGUUAACAGCCCAGCUGUCUCCAUCCUUGAGAGUGGCUACACCCAGAUCAGCCCUGACCACAGCGCUAUCUCAGUUCCCUCACUCCACAACAUGGAGACGAGCCCCAUGAUGGAUGUGCCGUCUGUGUCCGAUCACUCCCAACAAGUGGUGGACAGCGGCUUCAGCGAUCUGGGCAGUAUUGAGAGUACCACGGAAAACUACGAGAACCCCAGCAGCUACGACUCCACCAUGGGGGGUAGCAUCUGUGGGGCAGGCCCCUCCCAGAACAGCUGCUCAUAUGGCACUAUGCCCCCCAGUGGUCUGCCCCAGAGCAGCUGUGCUGUGAGCCAACAAAUGGCUGCAGUUAACCCUGGCAGCUGCGGGAUGAUUCAGCAGAACAGCCUGAGCUCACCACCGCACUGCAACGUCAAAUCACCGCAGGGCUGCGUGGUGGUGGAGAGGCCCCCCAGCAACAGCCAGCACAACCAGCACAGCCAACACAGCCAGCGCACUCAACACAACUCCCACAGCAGGCACGGCCCACACAAUCAGCACAGCCAACACAAUCAGCACGGUCCACACAAUCAGCUCGCCCAGCAUAGUCAACACAAUCCUCUCAACCAGCAUAGUCACCACCACAAUCACCACCUGCAGCACAAUCAGCUCAGCCAGCACAAUCAGCAUGCUCAGCAUAGUCUUCACAAUCAACACAGCCAGCACAGCCAGCAGCAGCCCAUGGCACAGUGCGCCAUACCCACCAAUUUCACCACCACCAUGCAGCUGGCAGACAUUCCCGAGUCUGGCAAUCCCAACUUUGCCCUCUACGAGAGGAUCAACCAUCAGGGGGAGUACGGCAGCGGGCACUACUCUCAGUCCUCAGGCCUUAGUCUGGCCAAGCUGCAGCAGUUCACGAACACAUUUAUCGACCACCCUCGCUCACUUCCCUUCAACCACGCGUCCUCACACCCCAUUACAUCUUAUGCAAACACCCCCUCGCUGUCGUCACAGCACUCGAGCCUGGUGUCUUUGUCCCAGACCCCACAUCGAGUCCCCAACCCCCAGGUGCAGGCCACCAUGACCCCACCCCCGAAUCUCAGCUCACCGCCGCCCAUGAUGCUCCAGCGCAACGUGGGCAUCCCGCCCUCGCAGCGCAUCCAGCCCCAGAUGACGUCUAAGAAUCACAUCUCUGCGCGCUCCAAGUCCACCCAGCUGUCGCACCACCAGCAGCAGAUGUACGCGCGGCCGCCACAGACUGUCGCCAUGCAGGCGCCGUCCAGGACGCUGGCCGCCAUGCCACGCAUGAACAUGAGCAUGAACAUCAUGCCGGCACCAAGCUACAAUGUCAACUCCAUGAACAUGCCCUCCCUCAACGCCAUGAAUGGCUACAGCAUGAGCCAGCCCAUGAUGAACAGCGGCUACCAUGGCAACCAUGCAUAUAUGAACCAGUCACCCCAGUACUCUAUGCAGAUGGGCAUGAUGGGAACACAGCCAUACCCCCAGCAGCCCAUGCAGGCUCCACCACAUGGCAACAUGGUGUACUCUCCAGCUGGUCACCAUGGUUACAUGAACACAGGCAUGUCCAAGCAGUCCCUGAAAGGGCCUUUCAUCAGGCGGUAA